UAGAAUGCCAGAUAUCAUCACUUUCUUCCAAGAUGUUGCACAAGUUGUUAGUGUUCAACUUACUUUAAACCACAAGGGUAAGCGUACUUCCAGUGGCUUUGUUGAGUUCGCUUCAGCUAACGAAGCAAAGAAGGUGCAGGAAAAGAAGAAUGGUAACUUUUGGUUCGGUAAUAAGAUUACUCUUCUUGUCGUGGCUGAGAUAGCUCCCUACCCUCCACGACCCAAGUAUUGCCUUUAUCACAAGGUUUGGAACAAAGACCACCUUCGACAAGAAAGCCUUCCGAUAGAAGAAGAAGAGACACCUCCCUAUUUUGUUGAGACAAUUGCAAUAAUAGGAAAGACGCUCUUUGUUGCCAAUCUCUCUCCCCAAACUAAAAUAUUACAUAUCAUCAAUUUUUUCGAAGAUGUUGGAGAAGUUGUUAGUGUUCGACUUACUGUGAGCCCCGAAGGUAAGCAUGUGGGCUAUGGUUUUGUUGAGUUUGCUUCUCCUUGCGUAGCAAAGAAGGCGCUGAAAGAGAAGAACGGUGAAUAUUUUCACGAUCAUAAGAUUUUUCUUGAUGUGGCUAAGACAGCUCCAUUCUCUCCACAACUCAAGUACAAUCUCGCAGAGAAGCUUUGGCACGAAGACUACCUUCUACGAGAAAGUCGUCUGGUAGUAGAAGAUGAGACACUGGAAGGACUUGAUGAAAAUCACAAUUUUGUUCAGGCAGUUGCGGUAAGAAAAAAGACACUCCGUGUUUCCCAUAUCUACCAAGCUAAAAUAUCAGAUAUCAUCAACUUCUUCAAAGAUGUAGCAACAGUUGUUCAUGUUCGACUUGCUGUAAACUACAAGGGCAAGAAAUUUGACUAUGGCUUUGUUGAGUUUGCUUCUGCUAAUGAAGCAAAGAAGGCGCUGGAGAAGGAUGGAGAAUAUUUGCACAAUCGCAAGGUUCAGCUUGAUGUGGUUAAGGCAGAUCCUCCACACUCUCUACGACCCAAGUAUUGCUUUGAUCACAAGGUUUGGUAUGAAGACUACCUUCGACAAGAAAGCCUUCUGAUAGAAGAAGAUGAGGCAGUAGCAGGACUUGAUGAAACUCCCAAUUAUGUUGAGGAAGUUGCCGUAAGAAAAAAGACGCUCUAUAUCAGCAAUCUCCAUGUCAAAACUAAAAUACCAGAUAUCAUCAAUUUGUUCAAAGAUGUUGGAGAAGUUGUUAGUGUUCAGCUUAUUGUAAACCACAGGGGAGAGCAAGUGGGCUGUGGCUUUGUUGAGUUUGCUUCUGCUAACGAAGCAAAGAAGGCGCGGCAAAAGAAGGAACUAGGAAUGUUGCGCUUUCGUUUUAUUUUUCUUGACGUGGCUGAGACAGCUCCAUACCCUCUCCGACCCAAGUACAGCCUUGCAGAGAAGCUUUGGUACGAAGAUUAUCAUCAACAAGAAAGCCUUCUGCUAGAAGAAGAAGAUUUGAAGACCAAACCCAAUAGGAAAAUGAAGCUCUACGGUGUUUAUAAGAAGUCAAUCUUCGGCGUAUCUUGCGGUAAGAAGAUUACCUUAUCUGACGACAAGUGAUAGAAGAAGAUGAAGUAAGAUGAAUCUCUUUUGGUGUUUUUAACUUAUGAUACAAUGCAACUAUUAUAUUUCGGGUGAGAAACCGUCGUCAGAUUC